AUGGCUCCUCGUACCAAUCGGCAGAUCCUUACACAAGGCAAGAACUAUGUGGCAAAGCAAGCCAAAAAGUUCGGGGCUGAUGAGGUCAACUUCGAUAAAGAUUCAAGGUUAGAUUACCUGACUGGGUUCCAUAAACGUAAGCUGGAGAGGCAGAAGAAGGCUCAGGAGUUCAACAAGGAGCAGGCACGGCUGAUGAAGGUGGAAGAGCGGCGGAAAAUGCGAGAGCAGCGUCAGCUGGACGCGGAAGAACAGAUGCGCAAAUUCAAGGAAACGAUGAAGGAGGUUGGGGACUACGUGGGGUCAGACAAUGAAAGGGACGAUGGCCAAGAUGAAGAGGAGGAAGGUGAGGAGAAAAGAGGACAAGAUGUCUCGGAUGGUGAAAGAUCGUGGGAUGGAUUUUCAGACUCCGAAGAGGGUGUCAGGCCCAUCUUGAAAAAAUCCCAUCAGGUAUACGAGGACGACACAGAAGUGGACAUCGAGCCUCUGGAGCCUAACGAGAAUUUCGAAUUUUUGGCUUCCGCCAAUAAUGUUAAACUGGAGCGUUCGGCCAAAGUGUUGGAUGAGAGCAUAGAACGGGCUGCCAAGUACGCUAAGUUUUUGGGAAUGGAUGACAAGCCCAAGAAGAAGAAGAAGUUCAGAUAUCUGACAAAGUCGGAGAGAAGGUCCAACCAGAAGAAGGCCGACAACAACAAACGCAGGAGGUAG